UUGAAAAUCAUAUGUUUUUAUCAAAUCAACCAAACAGUAAAUGGUUGUUCAACUUUAUUUUUAUUCUUUGGUGAAAAAACAUAAAAGUGAGUUUAGUGUAUAUAUAAUUCGUUAAGACGAAAGGAAAUGUACUCCGAAAAACUAAAUAGAUCAUAUUCCGAAUCGGAUCUCUAUAUAUCACAAUUUGUCAACCUGUCUGUUGGUUCUCCCAGGGAUUAUAAUAAAGAGCAAUAUUCUGGUUGUUCUAUUAUAAGGAGAAUUUAUGUUGAAGAAAUUGUCUCACCAAGCCGAAAUCUAGGUGACACUACAUAUUCAACAUUUGGAAAUGGUAAAAAAAGUUGUAGCUAUAAUGAAAUAGGUAAUUUGUGUAGUCCGAUUUACAAAGAGACUUUUUGUAGUCCAAUGUACAAAAGAAGAGAUAUUUACAAGGUUGAAGAUAUUACAGCAGAGCCAAUGGAUGUAGAUAAUUCAUAUACUGAAGAACGUUUCCCUUCAAUGAUAUGCCCAGAAAGAGUAAGAUGUAGACAAAGCAAAAACAAAAGCAAUAAUCAAUUAUUAAAAUCAGUGAAUCAAAUAUGUAAACCAGAAUUUCCAUUAGUUAACAGUACCGAAGAUCUAGACACUGAUGAGACUGAUACCGAAACUGAAGACAAUGAAAAUUUACCCCAAUCAUCACAGAAAAUUAGAGUUAUACAUAUUACUCCCACAAAAAAGAAUAAUAAUUUAUACAAGAGCUGUAUGCUUUUUAUGGUAUUAGCUGUUGCUUUCUAUUUUUAUUUGUAUCCAAAUACCAUAUUCGUAAAUAGUGAUAUCCAGAUAGAUGGCGUUAAAAGAGACUUAGAAACGAACAUUAUUGGACAUACAAAAAUAGUAGAAAAUUUUAUUCGGUUAUUACAAAAAAGAGCUACAUGGGCUGAUAAGUUAAAAGUUGUAAGUUUUGUAGGAUCCCAAGGAGUGGGAAAGACGUAUUUUGCUAGGUUAGUUCAAAAGCACUUUCACCACAAUUUGGCACAUGAGAUUCAUGCCUCGCAUUUAGAUUAUAAAGUUAAAAGGCGGGAAAUUUUGGAGGCAAUCAACAGUUGCUGUUUAAAUUUAAUUGUCAUCGAUGACUUAACAAAUACUGAUAGUAUUGAACUCUUUGAGUUUGCUUAUUCUCUUCCUAAAGACUCAUUCAUACUGUUAAUUGCUAUCUAUAACACACAUUAUGUUGACAAGAGUCUAAAUAAACUUAUAAAUUACGACGAUCCAAUAAAAAUACGUAAUAGUUUCGACAAUUCUGGAAUUAAAGGUUACGAGAUAUUUGUAUUUGAAGAGCUAACAAGUGAUCAAAUUAGAGACUGGGUUCAAACAGAACUUACCUUAAAAAACAUCUCUUUACCACAUAGUAAAGAAAUCAUGGAGACUGUUUUAGAAAAACAUGAUACAAAAAGUGGAUUAAAAGGACUGCGUUCCAAAGUAUUAUUGGAAUUGCAAAAAUAUAUAAACUAAAUUUUUCAAUUGAUAUUGCAUUUAAAUUUUUAUUGUUUUAGCCUGUCAGGCCAUGAUUUUAACUUUAUUGUUUCUUCCACAUGUCUGUGACAUACUGGAACUUUGAGUUGAUCGUUAGUUCUUUUUUAGCAUUCCGUUUUUAAUUAUUUCUUUAGUUUCGUUUAUCAAUGUAUCUGUUACUAUGUAAUUCGUCACUCAAGUGUUCUUAUAUUGUUAAUUCAAAUUUUGCAUGACAAACUAUUUCGAAUUUUUGACUGAUAUUUGUAAAAAAUAUGUAAUGUUACAAUUGUUUUAUUUAAAUUGAUAUUUUAC